CUAGCGAUUUUUGACGAAAAACAUCAGUCGACUGUUGUCGUUCGCUUCAUAGCGCCAAGGUCGUGCGCCAGUGUGUGAAUCGGAAUUUUUGAACUUGUUCAAUUUGGUUAACAGAAAAGCUACCUUCCCCGGUGCAUCCGCUGCAUGUUGAACAGCAAGGUGUGCUCUGUUUAUUGCGUACGAAAUAUGAGUGAACGGCGUUGCGGAGUACGCAACACACGACGACGAAUGGACCAAUUGUGCCAGUAGGCAAACUCCACCACCACCACCACCAUCAUGCCUACGUGCUCUGUUUUGAUUCGCUGUGCGCUGUGCGUCGGAACGGUGCUACUGGCCACAGUCGUGACGGUGGCGCUCGGUAGCAAGGGCCAAGCACCGCCGAAGCAGCCGGACGAUGGAACGGCCACCGUCGAGCAGCUUCCGUUCUGUGCCGAAGAAGCGACCCGCCAGCGUGACCUUAACGAUGGAUUGGUUUUCGUAACAACGCUGGACGGGAAAAUGUCUGCCCUCGAUAUGCUGAAUGGUGGAGCCGAACGGUGGAGCAUCCAAACCGGCCCCGGGCCGCUCCUUUCCUCCAGCAUCCAUCGGCUGGAACUGACGAACAACGGCAAGUGGGUGCGCAUGAUACCGUCGCUCGGCGGCAGCCUGUACAAGUUCGAUGGCGAUUCGAUCGAGCCAAUUCCCUUCAGUGCAGAGGACUUGCUCAAGUCUUCGUUCAAGUUUUCGGACGAUCUUGUCAUCUCGGGCGGUAAGGAAACGCGUUCGUACGGUGUCUCGAUGCAAACCGGUCAGCUGAUUUACGUUUGCACGAUGCAAGGCUGCAAAAACGCAACAGAGCUUGCGAUGGAAAUGGCAGCAGACGGCAAGUACGGGCCGCCGGAAGAUGGCGCUGGUACACUCGAUCCCAUGCAGGAGGACGUGCUGGUUAUACGGCGCCAGACGCAAACGGUCCGUGCCGUAGAAUCACGCACCGGCAGUGAACGGUGGAACUUUAGCAUCGGCCAUCAUGAGGUGGAAAAGAUGAGCAACGAGGACUGUCGCGGUGGCAAGGAACGGCGUGAGGUGGAUCCCGUCAUACUGGAUCUCGAUCUUCGCGUGAUCAUACCGGAGGGAGUGAUCUGUGCGGUGCGUAAAAGCGCGCCGGGCGAGAUCGUUUGGCGGCAUAAGUUUGAAGUGCCGAUUGUGAGUGCAUGGCGAUCGUCGGGUAAAACUAACGAUCAGCUUGUUGGGGUGGAUAUUUUCGACCGUACGGACUGGAUGUGGAAUGGCAAUGUGGAUGAUAGUGAAUCGGGCAAUCGGCCACCGCUGAUCAAUCCAUCGCUGUACAUUGGGAUGCACGAUAAGCAGCUGUACAUCCAGGAGUCGGCAGCAAUGAUAGAGGAGCGGGAAGAGAAGAUGCAGCAGCUUGCAUUGCUGACCGACGAGAGUAAACUGCCGGCCAUACCGUGGAAGCCACUGCCCGCCAGCCGUGGCAUUGCGGGGCUGCUCACCGAUGGGGACAAUCAGUUUCAGCUCGUGAAGGAUGAUGAGGACGAUGCGGGUGAAUCGACUGCCAUCGCUCGCUCGGUACUGUACGCAUCGAACUACAUCAAUGGGAAUGGAUUCUUCUUGGUUUACGAUACCGAGCGUGAUGACGAACAGUGUGGCCAUGGUGAGGAUGAGUCGAACGGAGACAACAAUAGUACGAAGUUCGGGCAUGACGGAUCGCACGACCAUGGUGAGGAUAUGGACACAAUGUUCGACGCACCGGUCAAGGUGAUCAUCGUGUCGAUGUGGUACUGGUGGAAGGAAAUACUGAUCAUUUCCAUUACGACCGCACUAAUACUGAACAUGAUGCUGAAGCUACGGCUCGAAAAGCCCCCGGUGAUGGUGGUGGUGGAACGCAAGGUCACCGUACCGAUACCGACCGCAGUGGAAGCGGUCGAGGAGUUUCCACCGGCAAUACGGAUGACGGCGACGCGCAGCUACUCCGAAUCUAGCUCGUCCAACGGUCCACCAGCGUUGGUGGACAACUACACCUCCCGCUUCCGCGACGAUUUCGAUCUGGUGCAGUGUCUCGGAAAGGGUGGUUUCGGGGUGGUGUUCGAGGUGCGCAACAAGCUAGACGACUGCCGGUACGCAAUCAAGCGGGUAGUGCUGCCCAACAAGCAAGAAUCGAAGGAUCGCGUGAUGCGCGAGGUCAAAACACUGGCCCACUGCGAGCAUCAGAACAUUGUGCGGUACUUCCACGCGUGGAUUGAAACGCCACCGCCCGGUUGGCAGGAACGGCACGAUCGCGAAUGGAUCGAACGCAACUGCCUGUCGACUUCGAUCGACAUUGAAACGCCGACCGACACGUGCCCCCCGUUGCCGGGUGUGGCCGCGUCCGCUACGACGGCAUCUUCCUUUGCGGUAGGGAUGAAGAAUUCGCGCCUGCAAGCGUCAUCCAUCCAGUCGAACCUGUGGAUGCCGCAGUUUCCGGCGGCAAACUUUUCCUUCUCGAACGGUAUCGGCGACGGGCUGUCGCUGAAGCGGUACGAGCAGAGUGAUAGCUGUUCCUUUAUCGAGUUUCGGGCCGAGGGUGAACAGGACGGACAACCGGCCCGGGAUGACGAAACAUCCAGCAGCUCCGAGUCCGAGUCGGAGGACGAAGCGUCGGAAGUGCAGAGCAAUGGAAAACAUCGAUGGAACGAUGAGCCGGAAGACGAUUCUUUGGACAUUGUGUUCAAAGAACCUUCGGGUAGUGAAGGUAUCAGUAGCGGUGGCGCAGUCGCCCAGCAACAUGCUGUAGCGAUUGAUGUAUCUUCCUCACCCGAAGGUCGAUCGCAACCCGCGGCGAUGAAGGAUGCGCGCAAUGGGCCCAAUGUGGAGCAGCAGCAGCAGCAACAAAAGCCGAACCCAUUCCGCAAAACGCACCGUCGACCACUGUCGCUUGAUCUCACGAGCACGAUGCGAAGUUCGCGGGACCCGUGCACCCUUCCAUCGGGGACGGACCAGUCGAAAGCAAGCUCGGCGCAGAGCAACAAAAUCUAUCUCUACAUCCAGAUGCAGCUGUGCCACAAGCAGUCGCUCAAGGAGUGGCUCAGCCUGAACGGGUUCCCGGCGCGGCGCGAUAAGAUUGUGCCAAUCUUUGAGCAGAUCGUUGCCGGCGUCGAGUACGUCCAUCUGAAGGGACUGAUCCACCGGGACCUGAAGCCGAGCAACAUAUUCUUCUCGCUGGACGGAAGGAUUAAGAUCGGUGAUUUCGGGCUCGUGACGGACUCGAGCGAUUUGCAGUACGACAGUGAGAACAACAUGCCGACGAUGGUGCCGAACCGGCACACGCGCCAGGUCGGUACGCAGCUGUACAUGUCGCCGGAGCAGCUGAAGGGUUUGCCGUACGACUACAAGGUGGACAUCUAUUCGCUCGGGCUAAUUUUGUUCGAGCUGCUCGUUAGCUUCGGUACGGAAAUGGAACGUAUCUGCACGCUGAAAAACGUGCGCAAGAGCAAAUUCCCGGACAAUUUCGAAGAGGACCACGAGUGUGAGUUCAAACUCUUGACAUUGAUGUUGUCCGAAGCGCCAAACAAGCGACCGACGACGUUCGGCAUCAAGGCUCACCCACCGUUCAAGCGCAUCCCUUCGAACAAGUCCACCAACUCGCUCGGCGUUGUCGACGAGACGUUGGUCGUCGAUAGUGGUCCCGGAUCGACGAACGGUUCGUUCGAAUCGGAGGACGGGGACGAGUGGCAUUUUGAGCUGCCGCCGCGCAGAAAAGACAGCCGCACGUACAGCACGUCCGGAUCAGGGUCGGGCAAUGGCUCUGCCGGUGUGCCAUCGUCGGCAGCGGCACCGAAUCAAUUGUGCUUUUGAAAAGAACAAACCACCUUGUGUGUAUUACCCCGAGUCAGCGUGGCCAAGUGAAAAUGUGUAAUUGUAAGUUAUUUAUGUCGUACCUCUAUGGUUGUGCGCAACAGUCCUAACACGCGUCCCCGUGAGAUAUCACGUUUUAAGAGAAAACGUGUAAAAAGUGUUUUUAAAUGUAGGUGGGCUAUUCUUCUGAGGAAGGAUGGAAGCGAUGGGAUGUUAUUCAACGAGAAUUAUAAUUAUGAUGAUUAAUAAAGUGAUUAAACAGUA